AUGGUUAGAAGUUCAAGCCUGGAACAAUGCAUUCCUUGUGUCACCAUUCCAGUUCUGCUCUGGAUCUACAAAACAUUCCUGGAGCCAUACCUGUACUCUCUGAUUUCCCCUUUUGUUAGUGGUAUAUGUCCUAGAAAAGCUAUAGAAGAAUCCAGUGAAAUAAAGGCAGGCAAAGUAGACUGCAAGGAUACAGACAUAAAUGGAUUACCAACAAAAGGACCAACAGAAAUCUCUGACAAAAAGAAAAACUAA